CAUCAGCACGAAAAAGAAUAUCAGAAAUAGUAAAACCACUAGGAGAUCAAGUAAAACGAAUACAUACAGAUGGCUUUAUUGUAGCUGGAAAGGUAGAACUUAAAACGGGAGUAGAAAUGGAAAUUCCAAACUUGAUUACAAAUAUUUUACCAGAUUUUGAGAAAAUACAAGAUAAAGAGCAGAAUACGAAGUUAGAUACAGAGUAUCCUGCUUCACAGACAGUAAAAGGGAAACUAUCAAAAAAGUCUGAUAUAACUCUUCCGAAUGAAAUUAUAAUAGAAAUAUUUCAACAUUUACGAACACAAAAUAAUAGAUUAGACACGACGUGUCCUGUUUCGCAGUGCG